GUUCCUUAGGAGGUUGCUUAAGGUAUAUCUUCUUAAUUGCGACGUUAGGUGCUGUCCACGGCGCUGGUGCUGAAUUGGUUGAUAUCGAUGGCUCGAGAAUCGAUAAUUAACUCUAUACAGGGGCUGCUUCACUGCAUUAUGUGAGAAAUACGUGUUCUUUAUAAAAAGAAGCACUUCAGAAGUAGAAAUUGCAUUUAUCGGGACUCAUGGGAUGUUAUAAAUGUAAUCCAAAUUGCAAACUAAAUCUAUAAUGUAAUUUAUCUAUAUUCUGGGGGCGCGGAGCCCCCAUCAGCCUGAGUUUAAGGCCGUUAUUUUUGAACAGUUUUAAUUCCUUUGAGACGCGUCAUGCAGCUGACAGACAUGUAGGUAUCGCGUUUAUAUCGUUUUUUUCAUGUUUAAUUCAAAAUAUUCACCAACCAUUUAACUAUAACUUAAAAACACCGAAUAGUUGUGAUACAUGGCAAGCGCGGAGCGCGCGUCUGGCUCUGGAUCAGCGCUAAAGCACUGUAGAUGUCGCAGAUAAAGAGCAUUUUCUCGCUGAAUAUUUUGGUCACUUGAAAGUUUAUUUUUGUUAUAAAUGUUGUUAUAAAUAAUUGAAUACUUGUUUGGGUAUUGUAUAUUUUAUUUGCAUGAUAGCUAGCAAUAGUGACAUCUAGUGGAGUACAUGACUAGCGUUUGAUAUGUGACUUUUUUUGCUGCGUGAGCAACGGAAAACAUGAGGUGAUGACACGAAUUGAGAGGUGAUCUGAUCUGACACAAAGAUUGAGAAUUUGAUAAGAAGAUGUCUCAUAAUGUCUCCUGGAUCCUUAUUGAAAGGCACACGUUUUUUCACGGUGUUCAUUUGAUGGGUGAUGUCGACUGUCUCUACUCCUAAGAAGAAGACAUUAAAAUUGAAGCAAUCAUAGGCAUCAGUUGAACCGUGUUUUUUUUAGUCACGGAGAAAAAAUUCAGGAGUCGUUAUAGUGAAAAAACGUGUAUUCACAUUCCCUGGAAGAGUGCCAGAUUUCAUCGUGGAAAAAGAAAGAUCGUUGUCAGACUUCGACGUGAAGAGCAUCCAAUCGACCCCGCUGGAAAACUGCAGCCAUUGGUGAUGGAGAAGAUUCAGGGAGCAACGCGAUUUCGUCGCAUUGAAACUCCAUUGUUUAUCGUGACUGCAUUCCUUGCCGUGCAGAAGAGCAACGCAAGAAGUUAUUGCUGCAGUGACGAGAUAGCCACAAGGCGACAACGUUGCAAAGUUUUAUGACAAUUCGGUUGUCAAUAAGAGUUGCUACCUUUGGGUUCACAGGUCAGACUGUAUCUUUUCAGCUUGAAAUUUAAUUUCUUGGUUUAUGCUGCCUUAACAUUUUUUUAUAGUUGAAAUUGUAUGCAAAUGGUUGAAACAAAUAUUUGCUUAGUUUAUAGAAGUGUGUAACUUGUUUAAUAAUUGUCAUUGAGCAUUUUCUUGUGGUAUUACAGCUUGCUAUUAGUGUUUAAAGCUGAAUAAUAGUGUGGUUUAAAGACCAAGUGACCAAGUGAUUAGAAUCAAGUGAUUAGACCAAGUGAUUAAAGCUCUUGAAGAUGAAAAGGCACAAUUAGAGGAGAAAUUAGAAACUGAAAUUGAUGUCUCAGACAGACAAAAAUGUGAAGAAUGCUUAGCUGAAGUUAAUGCAGAUCUGGAAGUUAAAAGAGACUCCAGGAAUCAUCAUCAUGAGUUGAGCAAGAAGUUAGGUGAUCAGAAAGAGAAAGGCGUCCAACAGAAAAAAUGCUUGAGUUGAGACGUGACGAGUUAGUUAAAAGAGAACGGAAGUUUAUGUUCACAUACUUAAACUUUAAAGCUGAAGCUCAGUUUAUCAGAUCUAAACUGAAAGAAGAGUGCUCUAAAACCGAGUUAGACAACAUGAUGGUAACUGCAGAAAAACGUGAAGCAGAGUUAUAUGAGAGCAUUCGUGCAUUGAACGUCCCAUCUCAAGAUAUAAGAAGGAGAAUGGAUAGCUGCGCUUCGGUUACUAGUGAAAUAACUGCACUGAAAAGAGGCUGCGCACAAGUUGGUACUAAAGUGUUUGAUGCGGAGGCUGUAAAAGAAACACUCCUCCAGCUACUUCAAAGAGAUGACGCCAGGUCAGUUUAUGGAUCAACUGUUUCGAGAGCUGAACGAGAUAGUCAGCAGGGAAGCCAUAUGUCAGUAAAAAGAGCGGAAGCAGCGGCACGCUUAGCUGCGAAACGUGCUGAACUGAAGAGAGAAAAAGAAAUCUCAGCUCAAAGAAAAGAGGUGCUAGCCCAACAAGAGAGGUUAAAAAUGCUGGAGGAGCAAAGGGAUCUUGAAGUCAUGGAAGCUGAAUACUUUGUGUAUGCAGAAGUGGAAUCAAGAUUGAACGCUGAAAUAGGAGAUACUAAAGAGAGAAGCACAUUGCCUCCAUGUCAGCACCCUCUGCAACACAAUAACCCUUCAUGCAUCAAGGUUUCCCAAGAAACUUUAGCUCAACCUUGGUCUGAAAAGGAGCUGGGGACGAAAGUAGAUGAGGUCUUGUUAGUGAAGGCAUUAAAAGAAUCCCUGAUGAUGACCAAACUUCCAGCUCCAGAGCCAUUCACGUUUACAGGUGAUCCACUCAAGUUCACUGAAUGGCGCACUUGCUUUAAAGCUUUGAUUGAAACGAACUACACAACCCCAGCGCAGAGGCUGUUCUAUCUUAAAAGGUACAUAAGUGGAGAUGCACUUAGUGUACUAGAGGGAACCUUUUAUAGGAGUGAUGAGGAUUCAUACACUCAAGCUUGGGAUGCCCUGAUCAAACGCUAUGGACACCCUUUUGUAGUUGAAAGAGCAUUUAGGGCAAAGCUGAGUAAUUGGCCAAAAAUCAGACCUAAGGAAUCACAGAAGUUAAGGGAGUUUAGUGAUUUCCUCAUCUCCUGCAAAAAUUCAAUGCCUCAUGUAGUAGGUCUAGAAGUUUUGGACGAUUGUGAAGAAAACCAAAAAUUGCUUCAAUUUCUUCAACAGUUGGAUGAAAGGGUUCAACACAACAAAGAAGGACAUGUGGAAAUGCCCUUACCUUUCAGAGAGCUUCCUCAAUUACUAAACAAUAAGCAGCAUGCUACAGUUCAUUUGAAGCAUUUGAAAAGAAAACUGGAGAAAAGUCCUAAGUACAGAGAGGACUAUUUGAGAUUUAUGAACAGUGUCUUUAAAGUUGGUGAUGCCAAAGAUGCAGAUGCCACACCAAAAGAAGGCAAUACUUGGUACAUUCCGCACCAUGGGAAUAAUUCUUAAGAAGCAGACAUUAUAAUUGAAGCAAACAAAGGCAUCAGUUGAAGCGUGUUUUUUCUAAUCACAGAGAAAAAAAUCAGGAGCCGUUAUAUAUAUGAAUUUAGCAGUGAAUAUUUGCAGUUUAUUUUUUUGCCAUAAUUCUAAUCUAACACUGGGUGUAUUACAGCUUCAGAAUUAUAUUCGUAUAGACUGUCAACAGUGAUAAGGUACAGCUAAGAGUGGUCCUAACCAACCUUACGAAAGAUAGUUGUACAUUUAAGUGACUUAUG